AUGAGCCAAAUGAUGCAACAAACUAUGAAUCAAAUGAUGCUGCACCAGAAACAAAUUAUAGAGGCUCUUAGGAAUAAGAGAGAAGAGGGACAGCUACCUAGUCAGCCCAUAGAAAAUCUAAGGAACUGCCCAAAAAGUAGGAUUUCAGCAAGGGGAGUCUAGUAGUAUGAAUCUAGAAAAAAACUCACGAAAUGAAAAUGUUAGGAUAGUGAAUGCAUUAAGGAGUGGUAAGAUCUUACCUGAUCCUUAUCCCCAAAUAUUAGAAGAAAAAGAAAACGUGGACAACCCAAAACAAAAUCAAAUAGGAGUAGAAGAGGAUUUUAUAGAUUCUACCAAGGAAAUUUUGAAAGAGAGGACAAUCAUUCUAUUUCCUAAAGCUCUAGAGCCUAGACAAAGAAAGAAAAAGGAACACAAUGAAGAAAUAAAAAAAAAAUUACAAGAUGUGCAAAUUAGUCUUCCUUUACUCAUUGCCAUUGAACAUAUUCCUAAAUAUGCUAGAGUUUUGAAAGAAAUGUGUACACCAAAAAGGGCACCUAGAGUAGAAAAAUUAUCUAUGCAUGCUAGUGCAUUAUUAUUAAAUCAAUUAUCAUUUAAAUUGAGAGAUAUAGGUGCCCCUUUAAUUUCGUGUGAUAUUAGUGGAUCUAUUUUUCAGAAUGCAUUACUUGACACUGGUGCUAAUAUUAAUUUAUUACCUACAAGUAUUUGUGAUAAAUUUAAUAUUUCUGAUCUUAAACCUUCUACUAUUACCUUAAAAUUUGCUGAUAGAUCCAUAAAACAUCUUAAAGGUAUUUUAGAAAAUGUGAUAGUAACAGUUAAAGGGUGUAAGUUUCUAACUGAUUUUGUAGUGCUAGAAAUGGAUUUUAAUAGACAGUUUUAUGAUACACCAAUCAUCUUAGGGAGAUCAUUUUUGCAUACAGCAAAGAUGAAUAUUGAUUUUUCUACAGGUACUUCAAAAAUUUUAUGUGGAGAUUGACGUGACUCAGUCGUUGUAUAUUAAAUCACGCAAAUAUAAAAUUUAUAAAACUAGAAAAUACGAAUUUUCGGAUAUUUAAAAGUAUUUCAAAAUAAAUAUAUCAAUUAUAAUUCAAUACAAAUCCCAAAAAUAGCGGUAAUUUUCCAGGUCGAUCACAGGGAUGUAGUAUAAUAUCUGGUAAUUAUUCAGAAUUUUUCUCAAUGAGUACAAUUUUCUUACGAAUUUUAUACUAGGAAAUAAAAAGGAAAUAUAUUUAAAAUUCACAAAAAAAAAGGAAAUAAGGGUGCGGACGUCAGGAUGACGUCAGCGCCCGGCGAACGCGAAUCAGGCGGAAACACAAUUCCGCCCGGCGAUUCUUACGUAGGCGAUUACAGACGACUCAAUUAAUCAAAUUAAGAUCUGUAAAAGCUGGAAGAAUCGUAGUUGAACGAAGUAUAGUUUGGUAAAUAAAAAUCAACAAAGUAUCACUAAAUGAAGCGUAAAUUAAAUUGAAAGCAGGAAAACAGAGUUCCGGCGUCGCGACGGCGAUGCGUCGGCGAUGCACCGGAAUCCUGAGCGUUCGGGAGGAUCGUCCUGCAGUGUCCACGGCCUCGAAGGCUCUCCUUGGACAAAGACGACGUGGGCAAUCUCUAGAUAAAGCAGGAAAACAGAGUUCCAGCGUCGCGACGGCGACGCGUCGGCGAUGCACCGGAAUCCUGAGCGUUCGGGAGGGUCGUCGUGCAGUGUCCACGGCCUCGAAGGCUCUCCUUGGACAAAGACGACGUGAGCAAUCUCUAGAUCUUCUCGCGAAGUCUAGAGACCAAUGAAGUGGGUCGUCGAAUCGUCUCCGGCGGCUGUCACCCGGCGGAGCGGAAAAACGGCGACUUUGCGGCUCUCCGGCAGCUGUCACCUGACGGAGAGGGGCUGGAUGGAGGUGAGGCGCGUGUUAGGGAGCUUCAUCCUCAGGUCCGCGCAGCAAGAGGAGGCUCUUCAUCGCAUCUGGUACGCUCUCAGGAGGUGGCGACUGGUCUCCCGGCGGAUCGUCCUCUUCCCGACGACGGCUUGUUCGUCGAUCAAUCGGAGAUGAUUUACGCGAUGGAUUGCGAUCCUUUUAUCGCGAAUCGUUCAGAAAUUUUAGUAGCAAUGCUCCGCGAAUCGCGUUGACGAGAUUUUCGCCGAUGAUCCAGCGAUUCCGGUUGCUUAAUCCUUCACCGGCGAUCUGCAGGAAAGUCGCGAUAAUCAGUUAAAAAUAUAUGAAUUUUGACUCUGGGAGGAUUCGAACCUGCGGCGGUCGCCCCCCCUAAAGGUUUAGUCCCACAUCGGUUGUACGCGGAUUAUUCGGGCAAAUAUAUAGUAAAGUUAGCUUUAUAGGCAAAGUCCUCUCGCGUGUACGACCACUCCUUGCCCCACAGCCGGCUGACCACCGGUGACGUGGAAGGGGAGUGGCGCACACGUGCCCCUAUCAAUCCAAGCAAGCCGCUCGAGCCCCUGCUCGCGGCUACUCCCCGACUGCGCUUCCGACCCGCUUGCGGGCCCGGCUGGCCGGCGGGUUCCCCAUUUUGCAAUAUUUUUAUUUUUAUUUCUUGUUCUUCAUUUAUCUCAAAACUAAGACUGUAAAAAUCGUAUAAAAUCACAUAAUUACCCAAAAAUUCACGUUAAUCAACUGAAAACCACUUUUCAUGCUUUAACACAAAUAUAAGUCUAUUUAUCAUGAGUUAAGGCUAAAACUAUAUUAUUUACUAAUUAUUAACUCAUGAUAAUGAAGACUUAUUAGAGAUCAAUCAGUAGAAAUUAAAAUUUUUGAGGUAUCAAAUGAUCUUAAGAAAUCCCAAAUAUAUUAUUGUCAUCCCAUAGAUCUUCUAGAUGAUUUUGAUGAUCUAGAUGUUAUUGAUGUCUGUGUGCUGGAAGAAUUAGAGGAAAUAGAUAAUAUAAAUUUAGAAGAAAAGAAAGAGGAAGAUCAUCUGAAUUUAGAGUUGAAAUCUCUUCCCUCUAAUUUAAAAUAUAUGUUUUUGGAGGAAAAUAAUUCAUUUCCUAUUAUUAUUGCAGCUGAUUUGAGUGAUGAACUAGAAGAAGAAUUAUUAGAUGUACUUCAAAAAAAUAAGAAGGCUAUGGGCUAG